CACCUGUUAGGCGUCUGACGAAGGCCCUUGGUUCCUUCUUCUGAUGGGGACCGCCUCUCUAAGCCAUGGAGUUUCAGCUGAAAGAAUUUACAGGGCAGACAUGAUUUUGAUUGAAAGCAACCAUCUUGGCAACACACCAAGUUGCUCUACCGUCCAGCGCAGGGCAAAGUCUCAAGACUUUGAAUUUUUUGAGCGACUGACUGAGUUACACUUCAAAGUGUGAACGCUGACUCUGUGGUAACUGAAAACCCUACUAUCGAUGGAUGACCACCACAGAACCAGACUGCAAUAAAGUAAAGGGAACGAAUCAUCCCUUCCGAAUGGAGAAAGCACUGCUAACAGAAUGCAGGCCACGGGAACUUAUGAAAAGCGGUCGCUUUUACUUCUCUGCGCUGCCAUUACUUGGGGAAUUGCGGCCUCCCCUGUUUCUUCACUUGACACCAUAUCCACUGUCAAGUCGAUUGCAGAUGGGGAGACGAUUGUGUCAUCGGGGGAGAGCUUCGAGAUGGGAUUCUUCAGCCCCGGAAGCUCAGCAGCUCGUUACCUGGGAAUGUGGUACAAGAAGAACAUUCCGGCCUCUGCGCGGACAGUCGUAUGGGUAGCCAACAGAGAAGCUCCAAUUUCCGAUCGCUCCGGAGUUCUGACGGUCACCAGUCAAGGAAUUCUCGUUCUGCUCAACGGUACGGGAGAUUCGGUUUGGUCUACCAAUUCCUCCGCCGAUGCCCGGAUCGAUGGUCCAGUAGCCCAGCUGCUAGACUCGGGGAAUCUUGUGGUUAGAAACGGAGACGAUCUGAAUCCUGCAAACUACAUCUGGCAGAGCUUCGAUUACCCAGCCGACACUUUACUUCCCGGCAUGAAGUUGGGGAGAAAUUUGGCCGCCGGGCGGGAUUGGUUCAUCCGGUCAUGGAAAAGCACCGACGACCCAUCUCCGGGCGAUUACGUGGUCUGGAUGGAUCCCCGAGGAUACCCGCAGCUCGUACUCAAGAAGGAAGAGUCGUUACUUUACAGAGGCGGGCCGUGGAAUGGGCUGAGUUGGACAGGGACGCCAGCGUUGAAGCAGAACCCGGUAUGCUACUACCUGUUUGUGAUAAGUCCCAAGGAAGUUUCUUACAGCUACGAGCUCCGUAACAGCUCGGUGGUAUCAAGGCUAGUGAUUCAGCCUUCUGGAAUCCUUCAGCGGUUCACCUGGAUUGAGCAAACGCAGAGCUGGAGGCUCUUUUAUGCAACCCCAAUUGAUCAGUGUGAUACUUAUGGGUUCUGCGGUGCGUACAGCAGAUGUAACAUUAACGCUCCUCCUUUAUGUGCUUGUUUGCCUGGAUUCGUGCCGAAAUCAUUCAAAGAUUGGAGCUUGCUUGAUUUCUCUGAUGGGUGUGUGAGGAAAUCGCCCCUGGCUUGCAAUUACACUGAUGGGUUCUUGCAGGUUAAGGGAAUGAAGUUGCCGGACACCACGACUUCAUGGGUUGACAAGGCUAUUGGGUUGAGGCAAUGUGGGCAGUUGUGCGCUAAAAAUUGCACUUGCACUGCCUAUGCGAAUUCGGAUGUGGAAGGAGGUGGGAGUGGCUGCUUGCUUUGGUUUAGUGAGCUGAUGGAUAUCAGGGAGUUCACUGAAGGUGGGCAGGAUUUGUACAUUCGGAUGGCAGCAGCAGAUUUAGAGAGUGUUGCGGCGAGCAGACGGCCAAACGAUAAGGCGAAGGUUGGAAUCAUUGUCAGCUGCACUGUUGUGGCGAUAGCAUUGCUUAUUUUGGGAUUCGUCCUGUGCGCGAGGAGGAGGAGGGCACAACGGAAAGCAAAUGAGUGUCUAGAUGAUGGUGAUGAUGAAGAAAUGGAGUUACCUGCAUUCGAUUUGGUUGUCAUAAAGAAUGCAACUGGCAAUUUUUUGUCUGAUAACAAACUAGGAGAAGGUGGGUUUGGAGCUGUAUACAAGGGUACGCUGGCAGAUGGGUGUCAAAUAGCAGUGAAAAGGCUGUCAAAAUCUUCCGGGCAAGGGGACAAGGAGUUCAAGAAUGAAGUGAUCUUGAUCGCAAAGCUUCAGCAUAGAAAUCUGGUGAAGCUUCUGGGAUGUUGUAUCAAGGGCGACGAGAAACUGUUAAUCUAUGAAUACAUGGCUAACAAGAGCUUAGACUCCUUCAUAUUUGAUGAAGAGAGAGGCAAACUGCUAGAUUGGAGUAUGCGCUUCCAGAUUAUAAUUGGAAUUGCCCGUGGGCUUUUGUACCUUCACCAGGAUUCUAGAUUGAGAAUCAUUCAUAGAGAUCUAAAAGCCAGCAAUGUUCUGCUCGAUACUGAUAUGAACCCCAAGAUCUCGGAUUUCGGCCUGGCUAAAACUUUCGGAAGGGAUCAAAGUGUGGCAAACACGAAGAGGGUUGUGGGGACUUACGGAUAUAUGUCUCCAGAAUAUGCAGUCGACGGACUUUUCUCUGUAAAAUCUGAUGUAUUCAGCUUCGGAGUUCUGGUCCUGGAAAUCAUUAGCGGGAAGAGAAACAGAGGGUUUUGCCACCCGGAUCACGGUCUCAACCUUCUUGGACAUGCAUGGAGGCUGUGGAUGGAAGAAAAAGCUGCAGAGCUAACCGAUGAAAAGAUCUUAGGGGCAGAAGUUUCAAGCAGUGUUCCAGGCAAAGUCGUUAGGUGCAUCCAUAUUGGCCUGCUGUGUGUGCAGAAGUUGCCGGAGGACAGACCAAACAUGGGCUCUGUGGUCAUGAUGCUGGGGAGCGAUGAGAAAGCAGUGCUGCCGCGGCCCAAGCAGCCCGGGUUCUACAUGGAAAGGAACCCUUUUGAAGACUCUGAUGGUUACUAUCGUUGUCAAACUUCAUCCAGUAAUGGGGACUCGUGUUCUCGAAAUCAGAUGACAACUACAGAGUUAUAUCCCCGCUAGUGGAAAAAAAAAAGAAGAGAAUUCUGUAACUGUCCUUUUACCUCUUAGAUUGAGUAAUGGCGAUGCUUGAAACAGUAGUUGAUGACCACAGUUAUAUUUCUCGAGCAUCAGCAUGUAUCACAGUAUCAGCCUUCACUGUUAGUAUGCAGACAUUACUAAUGGGACGAGACAUGAACAGAAAAGGGGAAAAAGCAAAAUCUUCAACGACAUAUGAUAAAAAAGACUUCCAUUAAGGUUUCCUAUUCGCCCAUGCCGGAUUGGCAAGGAAUAGGAAUUAAGCAGAGAUCGUGUUUCCUCUUCACCGUUGCACCAAAACGUUCCAAUGGCUUCCCAUCGUGAGACAUCCAGUCAAAGUGGUAUAGCAAACUAGCCGGGGGAAGUUCCACAUUGGCUAUCCCGAAUGCUAUACCGCGACACAUCCUUCUUCCCAGGGCCGGUCCAUGAUAUUUGGAGGCCCUGUUCGAAAAUUUAAAAUGUGGCCCUAAAUAUUUUCUCUGAAGAUUUAUUAAAAAUAAAAUUUAUUAAAUAAU